UUUUACCGCAUCAAAUUUUGGUCGGCCGCCGAAUUGCUAACUAGGCUAAUAAGUAGGUUGCCAGUGAUAACUUCCUCCACCGGUAUGCUAACAUUUUCACCUUACGCAGUUUUAGGCUUUAAAUGGGAUCGGGAAGACCUCAGUGGUAAGUAGGUUCUAGAACGACCAGAAGGCUGGAAUAACGAAAAGUUGGGUUCCGUUUUUUCUCUUAUAGAAUGACGGGUUGAGUCAGGAUUUUUUUAUUAUUACAUUUCCUGCAUUAUUCAAUAGGAAAAUUGAAUCAAAACAGAUUUGUAAAAUUUGUACCGAGAAUUCUUCGGUUGUCUUGGGGAUCUUAGCAAAUCAUCUGAUUUUCUGGUUAGGAACUUAGGAUCACAUCAGAGUUGCUUUUUCUUUUAUUUGCAAUCUUCAGAGUACUUUUUGGCAGUCUAUUUAUUUAAUGGCAGAGGAAGGACAAAAGGUUACACUGAAUGUAUAUGAUUUAAGUCAAGGACUUGCUCGUCAACUCUCUACAACAUUUUUAGGCAGAGCAAUUGAAGGAAUUUGGCACACAGGUAUAGUUGUGUUUGGGAGUGAAUACUACUUUGGGGGAGGUAUACAACAUUCUCCUGUUGGAACCACCCCAUACGGAAAACCUAUCAAGGAGUUAGAUUUGGGUGUCACACAUGUGCCCAAGGAGAUUUUUGAAGAGUAUUUACAGGAGAUCAGUCCUCGGUAUACAGCUGAAACCUACAAUUUGCUCAGACACAAUUGCAAUAACUUCAGUAAUGAGGUUGCCCUAUUUUUAGUGGGCACCAACAUACCCGACUACAUACUGGAGCUACCUAAUGAUGUUUUGAGUAGCCCUAUGGGUGCUAUGAUAUUACCCAUGAUACAACAACUAGAGACAACAUUGAGAUCCGGUGCUGUUCCCCAAGUCCCUCAGCUCAGACCUACUUCCUCAAGUCAGCAGCCUUCAUUUUCAGUCCCAACACCUGCCUCAUCAGCAAGAGAAAUAGCUAGUGGUACGGGUAAUCCACUGGGUUCUGAUGGGAAGACUUCUACUGCGGAAACGCCAGAGAAGAAAAAGACAAACAGUGGUGGGGAUCCUCUUGGGGAUGCAAGAUUGAAGAUGCAGGAGGAAAUCACUGCUGAGUUCGCGGCGAUCAUGGCAUCCGGAACAUUACGCGCAAGUGAGGCAGCUGCACUUGCCACCAGAAGAGUAAUGGAGAGACACGGACUAGAAAAUAGUGGUGUUAUGUCACAGAGAUAGGAGAAGGGGAGAGAGAGAUCGCGUUUCUACCGCUUUCACUCAAUGGGAAAUGUUGAAUGAAUAGUAUUUUUUUUUAAACUUUGGGGCUUGGGCGAUAACGAAUCUGAAGUGGCAACUGAAAAUUAUAUUAAUGAAUAGCAAUUCUAUCAUCUGAAAAAGACCAACAUUUUAA